AUGGUGAGGCUCGUGCUGCCCAACCCGGGCCUGGAGGAGCGGAUCCCGUCCCUGGACGAGCUGGAGAGCAUCGAGGCCAAGGAGGCGGGCUCCCGGCCCCAGUGGGACAACAAGGCCCAGUACAUGCUCACCUGCGUGGGCUUCUGCGUGGGCCUGGGCAACGUGUGGCGCUUCCCCUACCUGUGCCAGAGCCAUGGUGGAGGGGCCUUUAUGAUCCCGUUCCUCAUCCUGCUGGUGGUGGAAGGCAUCCCGCUGCUACACCUGGAGUUCGCCAUCGGCCAGAGGCUGCGCAAGGGCAGUGUGGGCGUCUGGAGCUCCAUCCACCCGGCCCUGAAGGGCGUAGGCAUCGCAUCCAUGUUCGUGUCCUUCAUGGUGGGACUCUACUACAACACCAUCAUUGCCUGGGUCAUGUGGUACUUCUUCAACUCCUUCCAGGACCCCCUGCCCUGGAGCGAGUGUCCGCUCGACACCAACAGGACAGGCCACGUGGAUGAGUGCGCGCGCAGCUCCUCUGUGGACUACUUCUGGUACCGGGAGACCCUCAACAUCUCCACCUCCAUCAGUGACUCGGGCUCCGUGCAGUGGUGGGUCCUGCUCUGCCUGACCUGUGCCUGGAGCGUCCUCUACGUGUGCACCAUCCGCGGCAUCGAGACCACCGGCAAGGCCGUGUAUGUCACCUCGACGCUGCCCUACGUCGUCCUGACCAUCUUCCUCAUCCGGGGCCUGACGCUGAAGGGAGCCACCAAUGGCAUCGUUUUCCUCUUCACCCCCAACGUCACGGAGCUGGCCAACCCGGUCACCUGGCUGGACGCGGGGGCUCAGGUCUUCUACUCCUUCUCGCUAGCCUUCGGGGGCCUCAUCUCCUUCUCCAGCUACAACUCUGUGCACAACAACUGUGAGAUGGACUCAGUGAUUGUGUCGGUCAUCAACGGCUUCACGUCCGUGUACGCAGCCACCGUGGUCUACUCCAUCAUCGGCUUCCGCGCCACGGAGCGCUACGAUGACUGCUUCAACACGAACAUCCUGACGCUCAUGAACGGGUUCGACCUGCCCGAGGGCAACGUGACACAGGAGAACUUUGCGGAGCUGCAGCAGUGGUACAAUACCACGCAGCCCGAGGCCUACGAGAAGCUGCAUUUCCAGACCUGUGACAUGAACUCCUUCCUCUCGGAGGGCGUGGAGGGCACCGGGCUGGCCUUCAUCGUCUUCACGGAGGCCAUCACCAAGAUGCCCGUGGCGCCGCUGUGGUCUGUCCUCUUCUUCAUCAUGCUCUUCUGCCUGGGCCUGUCGUCCAUGUUUGGGAACAUGGAGGGUGUGGUCGUGCCCCUGCAGGACCUCAAGAUCAUCCCCAAAAAGUGGCCCAAAGAGCUGCUCACAGGCCUCAUCUGCCUGGGGACGUACCUGAUCGCGUUCAUCUUCACGCUGAACUCCGGCCAGUACUGGCUGUCGCUGCUGGACAGCUACGCCGGCUCCAUCCCGCUGCUGAUCAUCGCCUUCUGCGAAAUGUUCGCUGUGGUCUACGUGUACGGCGUGGACAGGUUCAACAGGGACAUCGAGUUCAUGAUUGGCCACAAGCCCAACAUCUUCUGGCAGGUGACGUGGAGAGUGGUCAGCCCGCUGCUCAUGCUCGUCAUCUUCCUGUUCUUCUUCGUGGUCAAGGUCAACGAGGAGCUGACCUACAGCGUCUGGGACCCCGCCUAUGAGGGAUUUCCUAAAUCCCAGAAGGUGGCCUACCCGAGCUGGGUGUACGCUGUGGUGGUGAUCGUGGCCGGCGUGCCCUGCCUGGUCAUCCCUGGCUUCGCCGCCUACAAGCUCAUCCGGAACUACUGGCAGAGGCGGGGAGGCCGCCAGGGGCUGGUCAGCGGGCCGUCCGUGCCCUCCAUCAACGGGGACCUCAAGUACUAAAUGGCCCGGCUCGGGGCGUGUGGCCAUGGGGGGGCGCUCCGGGCUACACACUUGGAAGGAUGUGCAUCUGUGUGUGUGUGUGUACACGUGUGUGUGUUCGCACGGGUGAGUGCAUGUGCAUGCCGUGUGUACAUGUGCACAUGUAAGUGUGGGUGGGUGUGGAUGUGUGUGCACGCUUGUGUGUACACAUGUUGAAGUGUGUGCGCAUGUACAUGCCUGAGUAAUGGUGGGCAUGUGUAUAUAUGUGCUGUGUGCAUGAGUGUGGAUACGUGCCAGUGUGCACACACGUGUUUGUGCACACACACGCCUGCACACGCUCCGGGCACAGAGCUGCGGCGGUGUGAGGAGGCCGCGUCUGCCCUGCUCCCCCGGCAGGAGACGGGCUCCCUGUGCCCCUCAGGACCGCCUCCUUGCCGCCCACCCUCGCCUUGCUGUUGGCCCUUGACCUAGGAGGUCCCGGUGAGGUCGGGGCACGGGGCCCCGCCCGAGGAUGCCCCGCACAGGCCCCGGGGCUGAGUGGCUAAUCGUCAGUUCUGCAGCUCAGCGGGGCCCGGCUCGGGCGGAAGGCUCCCUGCGUGCUCCCUGCAAGGAGCGGAGCCACACGGCUGUCCAGCCGGCACCGGGACGGCCAGUUGCACGGUGACGCGGCCGUGGCUGCCACGGUCAGGACCGUCCACGGUCCCCUGCACGGCGAGGCCCGGGAAGCCUAACCAGUCGGCGCCACUCGGUGGAGUCGGGGGCUGACUCCUCCGUCCCCGUCCGGGGACUCACAGCCGAAGUCACUGGGCGCCUGGGGGGGGGUGUUACUUUAAUGGGCUGGUUGCCUCCGCCCUCCACAGAAAAAAUCUGGAGUCGUAAGUUAAACCGGACUUUCUGAGAACCCCCUGGGCAGGGGUGGGGACCCAGGUCCUGGAGCCGCGUCCCCCCCUCGGACGCCCCAGUGCCCUGUCCCUGUCUCCAUGCCUCCCGUCCAGCGGUGGCCAUGGAGUUGAGCCCUGCGGCGCCCGCCGUGAACUCCAAACACCGGGCCGUGUCCAGGCCUCUGCUGUCACCUGCGGAGCCUUGGCAGCCGGGUGGCUCACGGCCCUCCAUGCCCGGCCUGCCUGGGGCGCCCCGUCCCACAGGGCUCCAGCCUCUCCCCCUCCCCCUCCCCUCUGCCUUCCCCACCCCGCUGUGAGAACACGGGGAGCCCUGUCCAUGCGCUGCCCCCUGGGGUGUGUGGAGAGGACCCUGGGGGGUGUGACCUGGAGGGGCUCAUCCAGUCAUGCCACCCCCCCACCAGCGCCUUGUUCGCAGACACGGCAUAUUUGCAUGUUUUCGUGGGCGUAAUGUGUGCCAGUCUAAAUAAACUGCCGUUUCGUAUUCUCGGCCUAAA